UUGAUUUUGAGCAAAGAAAAAGGGUGUAUUCAAUACACAAUUAAACGGAAAAAAGAUGAGUGAAACGAGAAUAAAUGAAAUAAUUGUUGCGGCGAUAGAUUUUGGAACGACAUUUUCUGGUUACGCCUACUCUUAUAGGAAGGAGUACUUACGAGAUCCACUUCAGAUAUAUUCAAAUCGCUGGGAUGGCCAGAUUCUUCCGCAAGCCCCUACUGUGCUACUGUUCAACAGUGAAAAGACGGAAUCUUACUUCGGAUUUGAGGCGGAAGAGAAAUACGAUGGACUAAUAAAAAGAAAAGAACAUAAAGACUGGCGAUAUUUUCGGUUCAAAAUGGAUCUUCACAGAGAGAAAAAACUCACACGGAAAAUGACUAUAAAAGAUGCACAAGGGAGAAAUAUGCCUGCGGUGGAAGUUUUUGCCGCUGCCAUUAGACAUUUGAAGAAUCAUUUUAUGGAGCAGGCUAAGCUGAGGGUAAAAAUCCAGGAGAAUGAAGUUCGUUGGGUGAUCACCGUCCCUGCUAUCUGGAGUGAUGAUGCCAAAGAAUUCAUGGUUGUGGCGGCAGAAAUGGUUUGUCGUCAUACUUCGUUUAAAAUGCAACCAUAUAAUUCGUCGAUACGAGGCUUUUUCAUGGUUAUUUAAACCAUCAUAACUUGCAUAUACGCCUAAGGUCAUAAUUAAA